GAUUUGCCGUUUUGAUGGAGAGGUCUUGGGUUUAAUCUUGUCUGCGUUAUUUUUCCAUCUUUGUGUGGUGUAGAUGUUUCGUUUGCCUGUGAGUUGUUUAUUUGAUUAUAUAUUAGAUACCUCUUGUAAUUUAAGGAAAAAAAGUUGUUUGAAUUAAAGGGAAAAUAAGGAACCUAAGAAAAUAUUAUUUUUAUCUAUUAGUACUUUUUUUUCCCGAAAAACGGUAAAAAACAAAAUCUCCUUUCCCAGUUUCCUUAAAGGCUUCAAAAACUUUUCUUUUUUAACAGAGAGAGAACUUUAUGCUGAAAAUUUUAAUAAUUACACCUUUUCUUCCUAUUCCCACUUUAUAUUUAGGCCUAUAAAAUAGUAUAAAACACAAUACGAUCUUGUUCAUAGAUUUGUGUUGAGAAGAAGCAAAUUAUGGGUGCUCUCAAGUAUCUGUCAAAGUUGUGCUCUGCCACCACAACCAGAAGCAAAAGGAAAUCAAUGCAGACGGUUGAGAUCAGAGUAAAAAUGGACUGUGAUGGAUGUGAGAGAAGAGUAAAGAAUGCCAUCAAAAACAUCAAAGGAGUGAAAUCUAUCGAUAUAAACAGAAAGCUAAGCCGCGUGACAGUGAAUGGUUUCGUUGAUCCAAACAAAGUUUUGAAGAGAGUGAAUAACACAGGAAAGAAAGCAGAGUUCUGGCCUUUCAUCCCAUACAACGUUGUUCAGUUUCCUCAUGUCUCUCAAGUCUACGACAAAAAGGCGCCGGCCGGCUUCGUGCGCAACGUUCAGGCGGCCGCCGCUCCUCCGCCCAAUGCUACUGAAGAAGCCAUGACAUAUCUCUUCAGCGAAGACAACCCUAAUGCUUGCUCCAUUAUGUGAUUUGUCUCUCUGCCUUGUGGUAUGAGGGUUUUUCCUCUUCUAGAAAGCUAGAUUAUAAAAGUAAUUACAAGAUGAGUGAGAAUAAUUUAUAAGUAUUUGAGGCAUAUAUGAAAUGAAACCCAGUUUUUUUGGUUUAAUUAACCAACAAUUCGGUUAA